UGCCCGAGUGCCUGAGUGCCUGGUUGCCUGAUUGCCUGAUUGCCUGCCCGUCAUUUUCUGAGGCUGACCAACCCGACCAUUCACCAGCCAGCCAAGCUAUCCAUCUCGACAUCUGCAGACUGCCCUCCUCGCCUACGCCAUUCGACCACCCCCCUCCCUCCCUUUUUCCCCCAUGGCGUCGACACAGCAGGCGCAAGACAAGGUCGAACAGACGGCGCACGCGGUGGAAGCUGCGGGCUCAUCGCUGCUCGACCGAGUGGGCGCCUGGUAUCAGGACAACAAAGUCGCCGCCUGGACGCUGGCCGGCGUGACGGUCGUGACUAUCGGCGGCACCGUCUACUAUCUCUCACAGCCUCCGGCACCGCAACCCAAAUCCAAAAAGGAUCGACGGAAACCGAAGAAGGGUGAUAAGACUGCGGCGACGACAGAAGCGGAAAAGGCCGCCGAGGAUGUCAGAGCUGCGGCAACGAAGAAAAGUGCGCCCAAGGCGGCCGCAGCAGAAGAAGUGGUGGCCGACGAGCUGCCCUCGGUGACGGAGGACUCGGUGGGCUCCCUGUCGGAGCAGGACCGCAAGGACUAUGCCGCCAAGCUCAAGGCCGCUGGAAACAAGGCAUAUGCUGCCAAAGAGUACGACCGCGCCAUUGACCUCUACACGCAAGCCCUCUACUGCAAAGCCGAUCCCGUCUUCUACUCGAACCGCGCCGCCUGCUGGAACGCUAAAACGAACUGGUCCAAGGUCAUCGAGGACACCACGGCCGCUCUGAACCUGGACAACGAAUAUGUCAAAGCCCUCAACCGAAGAGCAAAUGCUUACGAGCAGGAGGAAAUGUAUAGCGAGGCGCUCAUGGACUACACGGCAAGCUGCAUCAUCGACCAGUUCCGCAAUGAAUCCUCUGCUCAAGCAGUCGAACGUCUGCUGAAAAAGGUGGCUGAGACCAAGGCAAAGGCCAUUAUGCAAGGAAAGGAGAAGUCUCUGCCGUCGCCCACCUUUGUCUCCAACUACCUGCAAUCAUUCCGCGCAAAGCCUCUGCCUGAAGGACUCGAGGAGACUGCUGAUCUGGCAGAGGGAAGCGGAAAGUGGCAUCUGCGCAAGGGCCUGCAAGCCAUCCGCCAUAGGAACUCGGAGGGCUACAAGGAGGCUGCCGAGGCAUUUGACAAGGCGGUGGAAUUGGGCGACCUCGACAACCACGCCGCGGAGGCAUACAACAUGCGUGGAACAUUCCACUACCUGCGAGGUGACAACGACUCCGCCCUGAACGACCUGAACAAGUCGAUUGAGCUGGACCCCACGCUCGUGCAAAGCUACGUCAAGCGCGCGAGCAUGCACCUCGAGCAAAGCGCGCGCGAAGAAGCCGCCAACGAUUUCGAAACGGCUGCCCAACACAACCCGAACGACCCCGACAUCUAUUACCAUCGCGCGCAGCUCCACUUCGUUCUCUCCGAAUUCAGCCUCGCCGCGACCGACUACCAAAAGUCCAUCGACCUCGACAAGGACUUUAUCUUCUCCCAUAUUCAGCUGGGCGUGACGCAAUACAAAAUGGGGUCCAUUGCCAGCAGCAUGGCCACGUUCCGACGCUGCAUCAAGAACUUUGGUGACAAGAGCGAUGUGUACAACUAUUACGGCGAGCUGCUCCUGGAUCAGCAAAAGUAUCAGGAGGCCGUCGAGAAGUUCGAGACGGCGGUCGAAAUGGAGAAGAAGGCGGUGGGUGAGACGGGCGGCAUGAAUGUGCUCCCGUUGAUCAACAAGGCAUUGGCCCUCUUCCAAUGGAAGCAAGACUUUGUGGCAGCAGAGCAGCUGUGCGAGAAGGCUCUUUUGAUCGACCCUGAAUGCGACAUUGCCGUGGCCACAAUGGCACAACUUCUCCUGCAACAGGGCAAGGUGACUGAUGCGCUCGAGUAUUUCGAGCGGGCGGCCAAGCUGUCGCGCACCGAGGGCGAGAUUGUGAAUGCUCUGUCCUAUGCCGAAGCCACCCGUACACAGCUCGAAGUGCAACAGAAGUACCCCCAACUGGCCGCCAAGCUGCAGGGGAUGGGAGCGAUGGGAGUGCGCUAAAGUUGUUUGUUGCUUGCGGGCUUGCACUCUCCUCAACGACCAUGUGGGGAAAAGAAUUGUGUAAUAGAGGAAAGAUAAAGGGAGAGAUGGAGACUGUGAGAGCUUCUUGUGUAUGAGUUUUUGUUUGUAGAAAUUGUGGAUGUGGAGGCGAUGAAAAAUAAUGUGCAUCCUGCCUGCUGCAUAUGAAUGGGGGGCGGGGCGUUGACUCGCGGCAGCCAGUCUGCGAGGAUUUUCUUUUUCUUCCCCUUUGCACCUGUAUUCUAGUUUUUGUGCAAAAAAAGACAAAACGAUACAUAUUUGAAAUGUGACU